UUUCAUUAUGGAUUUACAGUAUUAUGAUGUAUUCUGUAAGUCGGGUACCUGAGCCUAAUGUUCACUAGCAAUAGGUACUUUGGUAACUAACGUAGAAAAUACGUCAAAUCCGACGGCGUGGGGACAGCUGCUAGCCCCGCUAGUUGCGUGCUUAGUACGGUGCGGUGGAAUAAGUCGCACAACUUUAUUAGAUCAUGGAUGUAUAAACGGAAUGUUUCCGUAUUGCUAAAAGCCUCGCCACUUUUUUAUAUCUAAUCUAAUAUUUUAAUCCCCGUCUCGAUCCGUCUAAAGAGAAGUGAAUAAGUGAGGGGUAAUCUUAGAAGAGAAAAUGCCAAAACCACAGGUCGACUAUACACUAUACCUAGUAACGGACUCGACGCCGGCGAUCCUAGGUAACGCUGAUCUAUGCGAUGUCGUCGAGAAGGCACUGCGUGGCGGCGUGACGUGUGUGCAGUAUCGCGAUAAGACGAGUGAUACGGGGAUUCUUAUUAGUACAGCGAGGAAGUUGCAUGGUAUUACGAGGAGGUUCAAUGUUCCGCUGUUGAUUAACGAUCGUGUGGAUGUUGCGCUCGCGGUUGGGUGUGAGGGCGUGCAUAUUGGACAGGAUGAUAUUGAUUUACCGACGGCAAGGAGGCUUUUAGGGGAGGAUAAGAUUAUUGGUGUUACGGCGAAUAGUGUCGCUGAGGCAGAAGUGGCAGCGAAAGGAGGAGCUGAUUACUUGGGUGUUGGGACGGUGUUUGCCACGGCUACAAAAGAGAACACAAAAAGCAUCAUUGGCAUAGAAGGUCUUCAGGAGGUUCUCCUCAAGAUCGCAGCUGAAAAAUGGCCCGUGAAAACGGUAUGUAUUGGUGGCAUCAAUGCAUCCAAUGUCUCGCGUGUGGUAUGGCAGAGCGCAGGGAACGGCAAAUCACUCGAUGGUGUCGCGGUCGUGAGCGCUAUCAUGGCAGCCAAAGACCCUGAAGCAGUUUCAAAAGAGCUUCUUCAGCUCGUCAAAUCACCUCCCGCAUUUGCGAAAUCUGCGGUUGUGCCAGGACAGCAAUCGAGGUCGCCACAGGAGAUCUUGUCCCUGGUGCCAUAUAUAAUCAAAUCCGUAGACGGUAAGAAACCGCUAUCGCAUAACAUGACGAAUUUGGUGGUACAGAAUUUCGCAGCAAAUGUGGCUUUAAGCGUAGGUGCGAGCCCGAUCAUGGCAAACUACGGAGAGGAGGCGAAGGACCUAGCACAGUUAGGCGGCGCUCUAGUCAUAAAUAUGGGCACGGUUACACCGGAUGGAUUGACGAAUUAUUUGAAGGCGCUGAAGGCGUAUAACGAUGCUGGGCAGCCGGUGGUGUUCGAUCCCGUCGGUGCUGGAGCAACUGCCAUUAGGCGAUCAGCUGUUAAGACUAUCCUUGGCGGUGGCUUCGUGGAUGUUCUGAAGGGCAACCAGUCGGAAAUUCUAUCUUGUACACCUGGUGGAUCCAAGAUUCAGCAACGAGGCGUCGAUAGUGGUCCCGGUAAUCAGAACCUUAAGGAGUUAGGGCCCGCAAUUAAGGAGCUGGCCAAACUCCGUAGACAUGUUGUUGUGAUGACCGGGAAGACAGAUUUAGUCACAGCUGGAGACACGGUAUACGCCGUAGACAAUGGCCACGAGUACCUGGGCAUGGUAACGGGUACAGGAUGUUGCCUUGGAACAACUAUCUCUGCUAUGAUUGCGGCGCACCCAAAUGACAAACUUGCAGCAGUGAUAACAGGUUUGCUUCAGUAUAGCAUCGCAGCGGAAAUUGCAGCGGAACGGGAUGAUGUGAAAGGACCAGGUACCUUUGUCCCGGCAUUUAUCGACGAAUUGUAUAAUGUAAGAAAAGCCACAGUUAAAGGAGAUCAAGGAUGGUUGAAGAGGGCAAAGGUUUCGGUGGUAUCUUGAAUACCAGAUAUCUUAAUACUAUGACGGAUAGAGGUAGAUUUCUUGGGUACACACUCUGGGCUGUAAUUCCCUCCUUUUUGAUAUAAUUGUAUUCAUCUCUCAACAAUUACGAUGUACCUUGA